GAUAAAUCUACAUGGAAGAUACAGCGUCUGCUUCGCAUCAUUUUAGCUGAACAGUAAGAGUAAUUUAAACAAAAUAUGUGAGGUUAAGUUUCAUCAUCAUAUAUCAACAGACAGGAUGUCUAAAUCUUAUGCGUGUGCUAUAUGCACCAAACGUGUGGGCCCAAAAGAAAGGAGGAAAUUAAAAACAGAUGGCAAUAAACAACUUAUAAAGUACUUGAGAAAGCAUAUGCUAUUGACAGACGAAGUUACAGACAAAGACGUAGUUCAUAAUUCUUGCCGUCUUAAGUAUACAGCAGAAUCGGCGGCGGCAAGAUUAAGUGCAUCCCCAAAGAAAAAUCCACAACAUGGACCGUCUGACAAGAAAUCGCCGUUUCAAUUAAACAUUAAAUCAGCUGGGUUCAGCCAUACUAUAUGUCCUAUAUGUAACAGGAAGGGCGCUCGGUCCGAAGGGUUUGUAACCAUACCGGGCGAGGCGAUAAUGCAACUGUUCAUCAACAAAAACAUUUUGUUGAAAAAGAAUUCGCGAUGUUGUAACACUCACAUGAGUGGGGGCAAGUUUACACCAGAGACCCUUUCUGCUGAUAUUCAAGGAAAAAUUAGGUCCACAACAUACAUGGAGCCUGAACAGAUAAGCAGUUUAAUUAACUCGCUACGGCAAAGUGCGACACAACGUCAAAAAUCUUGCAUCGAUUUUGACGACCCAUCCACAAUGACGGAUGCUGAUUAUUGGAAUCUUACCGGGUUGACGAAAGACCAAUUCUCAACUCUUAUCGGUGAUGUAGACGACAUACGGACAACAAAGACCAGGUCCAUUCGAACAUGCAUCGCAGUGCUCCUAGUCAAACUAAGAACUAGUUUAGGGAAUGCGCUGCUCAGCACUUUGUUCAACAUGACGAUUGCGCAGAGCUGGAUUCAGGAAGGUGAUGUGGUCGUAGUUGACAGAGGUUUCCGAGAUGCGUCGACUGUUCUCGAAGAACUUGGUGUAACUAUGCAGAUGCCAUCUUUUAUGCGAAAGGGGUCUACACAGCACACAAGCGAAGAGUCUAACAAGUCGAGGCUUGUGACGAAGAUACGAUGGGUUGUCGAGUCAACCAAUGGCAGACUCAAGACAUGGACAUAUUUAGCUAGGACAAUGCCAAACACCCAAGUGCCAUUUAUUGGUGACUAUGUGCGAAUAGUUGGAGCAAUCUGCAACCGCUUCAGACCGGCUCUAAGUAGCGGGGACUCCGAUCAAGACAAAAUAGUUGCAGAGAGAAUGUUGUAUUUGUCAGGGCAGAACAACGAUUUACAACAAUUCAUCUCUGACAACGACAUAGAAAAAAUAACCAAGGCAUCGUGGAAACCGAUGGACGAACUAGACAUUAACUGUCCAAUAAUGACCGAGGAUGAGCUUAGAUGUCUAACCUUUGGUGUAUACACAGUUAAGCUAGCGGCUUCUUAUACACAAGAGCACAUGUCAAGUGACGGAAUAUACUCAAUUCACGGUUAUGUGCACAAUAAGAGUUUGCUGUGCUUGAAGUUCCAAAGUCGGCAUGUGUCCCGAAAGCAAUACCGGUCUUACAUACGUUUUAAGGAGGGGUCAGUCGACGCAUGGUUUUGCAGCUGCCCAGUUGGAGCACGUGUAGUUGGUACAUGUGCGCACGUUACAAGUGCGCUGUGGUACCUUUGUUUCAGGCGACACCAAACUGAUCAACUGUCAGAUGGUCCGAGAAAUUGGGCUGCAGACAUUUCAGAUGCUGCUAACGUGUCAUAUUAAAUACCCAUGCGCGCCUUCAUUUAAAUCUGAUUACGACAAAACAAGUCUUAAAAAUGUGUGUUCAUUUACAUCUGAUUACGACAAAAAACGUCUUAAAAAUGUGUGUUCAUUUACAUCUGAUAAAGACAAAACAAGUCUAUAAAAUGUGUGUUCAUUUACAUCUGAUUAAGACAAAACAAGUCUAUAAAAUGUGUGCUGAAUGAUUUAUCUGAGAAAAAGGGGUUAAAUGCAUUAAUAGGCGUCAAGUGUCGUCCAAGAUUUCAAAGGGGCGCAAUAGAGGGCAUUGUGUUUCUGACAAACACAUCUCUUUUUUUAAAGAUGUGAUUGUAAACCAUAUUACAAUUUGCAACAGUGAAAAUAUUUUAUACCGAUUGUUGAAAGUCGUGUAACUGACAUGUUUAUAAAAUUUACUGGUUUUAUUUUUUUGUUUAUUUUGGUGACAAAUAUCAAUGGGCAGAAUAAUGUGUGGAUGGCACAGACAGAAAAAAAUGUCAUUAUUGGAAGAAUGUGAACAAUAAACAGAUGAAAAUCGUUAGUAUAACACGAUCAUAUAAACAUGAGCUUUAUACUAUCGCUAUAUUUAGAUCAGAUUUGGGUUUUUCCAAAAAUUGGAGAAUGUGAUUUGUCAACUACGGAGAAACUAAAACGUCAAAAAAUGCCAUAUUUGACAGUUAUUAAUGGAAAAUUGUGAGGAAAUAAUAGGAUAAAUAGAAUAUUAUGUUAUUUUUUGGAUAAAUAUCAAGUGUAUCAUGCUCGGCACGAACUAUGUUAGCGCUCGGCAAGCCUCGCGGUACAUCGGUUCUUAGCCUCGCAUGAUAAACUUGAUAUUUAUCCAAAACUCACAUAAUAUUCUCUAUAUUUACAAGGUUACGCGAUCAGGAUGUGCAUACGGAAUAUGUUAUUACAAUAGGUCAUGAUAUAACACCGUAUUUGUUGUUGUUUUAUUAAUAUUUUCGUUGUUACUUGUAAGAAUGUUCUAGUUUUAUUAUGAUGAUGCGAUUUAAAAAAAUGUUAUAAACAAUGUGUGAUUAUUUUGCGUAAAACAUUUGGCGAUAUGAAGCAAUAAUAAUAUCAUAUGACAUGUAAUACGUUACUUUGAUUUAUGAAAAUGAAUUAAAUGAUUUAUCACAUUGUGGAUCACCAUAAUUUUUAUGCUGAUUGAAUAAAUAGCGCGGCAAUCUGCGUCGAUAAAAUUCGUAGUUGUGACGUUGCCGUAAAAAGCAACGUUAAACGACGUCAAAAUUGGGAAAAAGUGGGCAUCUUUGUCUCGGGCUGGAGAUAACGUCUUUUGAACAAAUACAUGCAUUGAGGAUAUUUUGAAAAGAUGACUCUCUGCACUUUAUGUUGAUAGUAGGUUGAAAAUAAUUUGGAUUAAGGCAAAAAACGACCCUU